AUGGUGAACAACUCUGCUUGGCUGUCACUGCUGAUAUUAUGGAAUGUGCCGAGGGAAACAGAAAGUUCAAAGUCACCACACUGUUUUAAGUAUGCUUCCUAUGAGGUGACCAUCCCAAGGAAAGUGAUACCAAGAUAUGGACAUCAAGAGACUCUAGAGGUCACCUAUCAUUUGCAGAUUGAGGGGAAGGGCUGUAUGGUGCACCUCUGGCAGAAGAAGAGCUUUAUUCCUAAAAACUUUCCAGUCUCCUACUCUAAGCAAGGAGAACUUCAAGUGAACUACCCACUUAUUAGGUUUGACUGUUUCUAUCAGGGUUAUGUAGAAGGAAAGCCUUCUUCAUUGGUCAGCCUCAGCACUUGUUCAGGAGGAUUUAGGGGUUUGUUUCAAUUAGAAAAUAACACCUAUGAAACUGAACCUGUCCCAGCUUCUCCUGUCUUUCAUCAUGUGGUUUAUCGACUGGAAGACCUGGAGACUGAUGCCAGUUUGAAGUGUGGACUAACAAAGGAAGAACAAAGUCGUCAAGAGGCCAUGAUACAGAAUGCAGAGAACCUAACCAACAAAAGUAUUUCUGGAAGAAACUGGUGGCCACACACUAGGUAUGUGAAGAUUGCAGUUGUGGUGGAAUAUGAACAAUUUGUGAGGUUUGAAAAAAAUGAAACUCUUACAAUUAUACAAGUUAUGAAUGUCAUCCAUGUUGCAAGUGCACUGUAUGAUCCUCUUUCUAUUGAGUUGACUUUAACUGGAUUGGAGAUCUGGUCAAACCAGAACUUCAUAGCAAUUGGUGCUACCAUAAAAGAGACACUUGCCUCUUUCACAAAGUGGAGAAGAGAUUCGCUAGUUAAACGCCUACCACAUGAUGCUGGCUACUUAUUUCUAUUUAGAUGUUAUCAGGGAAUAGCUGGGUUAGCAUAUCUAGGAACAGUUUGUAAUAAAGAUAAAGGAUCUGGCAUUUUAUCACAUAUUACCUACAGUUUGGCUUCUUUUUCUAAUGUAUUUGUUCAUGAAUUAGGGCAUAAUCUUGGAAUGAGACAUGAUGAACUUUACUGUCAUUGUGGUCAACCCAUUUGCAUUAUGGAUGCACAUAUCUCAAACAGUUAUAAAUUUAGCAAUUGCAGUUACAUUGAUUAUUUCAGACUAAGGAAUACAGCUUGCUUGUUAAUUCCCCCAGCUUCUGAUAGAAUUUUUAAAUCCCAUUACUAUGGAAACAAAGUAGUAGAAAAUGGAGAGCAAUGUGACUGUGGUUCCAAAACUCAAUGUCUGUCAGAUCCAUGUUGUCAACCUAAUUGUAAGCUCCGUCCUGGUGCCACCUGAGCUUUUGGAGAAUGCUGUGAGAACUGUCGGCAUCUCGAAGAGUCUUCCAUUUGCAGAGAAAACACUAGUAUCUGUGAUCUUCCUGAAUUCUGCUUAGGACAUUCAGUAUGGUGUCCCAAAGAUGUUUAUGUACAAGAUGGUACCCCAUGCAGUCAUGAAUCAUAUUGUUAUCAAGGGAAUUGUACUACCCAUAACAAGCAAUACAAAAAGAUAUUUGACAAGAAAGCCACUGUAGCUUCAAAAGAUUGCUUCAGAAAUGUGAAUGCUCAAGGUGAUCGUUUUGGUAACUGUGGUCUUAAAUAUGGAAGAUAUAUAAAAUACUGUCCUGAGCAUAGCCUGUGUGGCCGAAUCCAGUGUGAAAAUGUUCUCGUGUUACUUCGUCUGCAGGAACACCACACUGUAAUUCAUACAGGCAUUGGCAGUAAGAAGUGUUGGGUUACAGACUAUCACACUGGAAUGAAUGUACCUGAUAUUGGAGCACUGAGAGAUGGCACUCCUUGUGGCACUUACAUGAUGUGCAUUAAAAGGAAAUGCAUGAAUGUGUCUGUCUUGAAUUAUGACUGUGAUUACAAGAAGUGCAAUUAUCGAAGAGUAUGCAAUAGCAAUAAAAAUUGCCACUGUAUUGCUGGCUGAGCCCCUCCCUUCUGUGACGAAAAAGGAUACGGUGGCAACAUUGACAGUGGCCCUACACCACGACCAGAAUUCACCACGACAGAACAGUUAUUCAGAUAUAUAGCUAUCCCUGUGGUUUGUGCUUGCCUUCUAGUUUUGGUAGUUUUCAGGAAGCAACUGACAGACUGUUGUAAAAAAAAAUGUCAAAAUUUUGAAAUGAAGAAUGACAAAACAGAGUCAAAAAAAGUUGAACAUUCAGAGAAUAUCAAUUAG